AAACAACACGUGCUCGCGUUCGCAACAGCUCCGCUACGACUGAAACUCUGCGCGGACUCCCCAUUUCCAUUAUUGGCCGAGGUGUUCGAGAAUCUCUGGAAUAAGCUCGAUGUCCUUAAGUGCUCUUAUUCAGUAGUACUCGGAAAUCUCUGGAGUUACUCAAAGAUGUCCCAGGAAGACCGUGAGCCGGUUGCGAGCACCUCUGGUGCGGAAGCGAACCUUCCGAAAAAGAAAAACGAUGCGAUCGAAAAUGAACCAACAACGCUGACCGAACUCACCGCCAAAAUAAUCGAGGAAGCGGAGGACCCUCUGAUGAUGAUCUACAGAGAAAAAGACGAAAUUGACACGGACUCCGACAGUGACGAGAGUGACAUCGUCAUAAAACCUGCGGCACUCGAGGAAGACACCGCGGAGGAUGAUCCUAAAACCAAAAAGUUCGGACCCACGGUCAAAGGCGAAUUGACGCUCGACGACCUGCCUCCAGUCGAGAAACUGAAAAUAUCGGUCCCGCAAGAUCAUUUACAACUAGUGGGAGAAGUUUUCUCUUUCGUCGACAGACUCGUCGUCGUCGAGUCCACGAACCCCGAACCCGUGCUCAAUCUGGAAACUGUCCUUUUCCUUGAGGAUGGUCGGGCCGUAGGUCUAGUUUUCGACGUCAUAGGGCCCGUAAUCAAACCCUAUUACGUCCUCCGUUUCAACAAUUCGGAAGAAAUCAAAGAGGAGCAUCUAGAGAAAGGUGUCAAAAUUUUCUGUGCUCCUAGUCACGCAGAUUAUACGUUCUUCGUGUUCGAGAAACAGAUAAGAGAAAUGAUGAAGCUCCGGGGCUCCGACGCAUCCUGGGAGUACGACUUGGAGCCUCCAGAGCACGAACUCGAGUACUCUGACGAUGAACAAGAACGAGAGGCCAGGAAAGAGCGUCGGGCAAAACGUCAAGCUGACGGUAAUCCCGUCAAAUCCGAAUCCGCGCGCCCCCAACCAGGAGAGAGAACUUCGCUCAUCGACCUCAACCGGCUCGAGGUCAUUUUCCUCCGCAUUCAGGGGCUCAAGCCCUCCCCGUCGCCCAUCCUCCGCCCGCCUUCUACCCGCCCUAUGCGGUCCCACAGCCCUAUCCGAAUCCUUAUGCUAUGCCGCCACCGCUCUUCCAUCCAGGUGUUCCUCCGCCUGGUUACAAUCCUUGGGCUCAUCCUGGAAUGAACUAUCCUUUGCCGCCAUCCUUGGUCCGCAAUAAUAAUAAUCAACUGUGUUAUAAAUAUCUAGGUCAAUAAAGAAAGGAAGGUAUUUUCU